GUCAAAACAAACGCAUGUGACCCGCAGACAAAUAUGGGGCGCGUGAUACUUUCUGUCAUCCUUUUGUGUUUUAUGUACAGCGAUACAGUCGGUACUCGAUGUGCUCUGAAGGACUUUGGAGGGGACAACUUUGUAUGUGUUUGUAAUUCUACUUAUUGUGACAAACUUGAUCCUGUCACCCCUCCUCCUCCUGGUGGCUAUAAACUCUACACAUCAUCAAUAAAUGGACAAAGACUUGACCAGACCUUUGGACAGCUCACUCCACAACCAUCAUCAAAGGUGAUAUUAAAAUUAAACCCCAAUGUGACUUACCAGGAAAUACUGGGGUUUGGAGGAGCAUUUACUGACGCGGCGGGGAUCAAUAUUCUCAACCUGACUACACCCACUCAGGAAAACUUGCUGAAAUCCUAUUUCUCAACCCAAGGUAUAGAAUACAACCUCGGACGUAUCCCGAUGGCUAGCUGUGAUUUUUCUACACGACUUUACUCCUACGACGAUGUGCCUGGUGACCUUAAUUUGACUAAAUUUUCACUUGCAACAGAAGAUUUGAAGUUUAAGAUUCCAAUCAUUCAAGCAGCCCAGAACUUUAGUAAAAGAAAUAUUACCUUAUUUGGAAGUCCGUGGAGUGCUCCUGCGUGGAUGAAAACCAACGAUAAAAUGACUGGGAGAGGUUCGCUGAUUGGCCAGCCGGGAGGACAGUACUAUAAAGCUUGGGCGAUGUAUUUUGUUAAGUUCUUGCAGGAAUAUAAAAAGCACGGGGUGGACAUCUGGGGAGUAACAGGACAGAAUGAGCCGUCGGAUGGGAACAUCUUUGAUUUCAAAUUCCAGGCAAUGGGUUGGUCUCCGGAAACACAGAGAGAUUUCAUAGCUAUGGACCUUGGUCCAGCAAUGGGGAAUUCUGGGUUUAGUCAUGUGAAGAUCAUGAUAAUGGAUGAUACCAGACUGUUUUUACCUCUAUGGGCAGAAGAGGUAUUCAAGAAUACAGAAGCAGCCAAGUUUGUCUCUGGAAUAGCUGUACAUUGGUACCAGGAUUUUGUUGUACCUGCCAACGCCUUGGCUUCUACUCACGAAAAGUUCCCCGACAAAUUUAUCCUGGCUACUGAGGCAUGUCUCGGUUCUAUGCCUUGGGAUGGUCGGCACGUUCAGCUGGGAAGUUGGUACCGAGGGGAACUUUAUGCACAUGAUAUCAUAGAGGAUUUGAGUAACUGGGUGACCGGGUGGACUGACUGGAACAUUGCUUUAAACAUGGAAGGAGGUCCAAACUGGGUUCAAAACUUUGUGGACAGUCCCAUUAUUGUCAACGCUGAAAAAGACGAAUUCUAUAAACAGCCCAUGUUCUAUGCCAUGGGACACUUCAGCAAAUUUCUUGUUCCUGGUUCACAGAGAAUAGAAAUACAGAAUAGUGUUCCUGACGAGGAGGUUUUCAUGGUCGCCUUCAAAAGACCCGAUUCAUUAUUGGUUUUCAUCAUAUUAAACAGGUCGGAGUUAAGUGGAUCAUUCUCGCUGACGAGAACAGGCCAGGAGUUUGUUAACCUUUAUUAUGCUCCUCACUCACUACAGACUGUGUUAAUGAGGAUAUGAUCAUGUUAUUAGACAUUCAAAGUGAUGGCUGUGAUUUAUUAAAACGUGAUUCCAUUUUUAUUUCAUCUGACAUGAAGAGUGUACAAGCUAAUACUGUAUGGUUCAGACUGUCCAUCGACUUGUCUGAAGAGUGUGCCAGCUAAUACUGUAUGGUUCAGACUGUCCAUCGACUUGUCUGAAGAGUGUACAAGCUAAUACUGUAUGGUUCAGACUGUCCAUCGACUUGUCUGAAGAGUGUACAAGCUAAUACUGUAUGGUUCAGACUGUCCAUCGACUUGUCUAUUUUCCUAAAUUUUAAUGUUCUUGAAACAAGUUUUCAGGCCAUAGUGGUUUUGGAAAUGCUUUCUUUGUGCCCAUCAAAUUUGACAGGAGUGGUAUGGUGUGGUAUUUUCUGUCUGUCCAUCUGUACGGCAUUAAUUAUCGUUUGUCUGGAGAUCUCUUACAUUUUUAUACCAAGCAUUGUAUACAGUAUAAUCAUAAUUGGAUUAAUAUUUUUCAUCAGACUAUAAGAAAAUUAAACACUAACUUUGUAUGUAGUUAAAGGCAAAAUUCAUAGCAUGCCAUCGAGCUAUACUUGAGGUGAAAAAAAGCUAAUUUUCAUAUGUUAUAAUGUAGUAUAUAACACUUAAUGGCAUUUAAGGGCGUACAUGUAUUAUUCUGCCCAGCUGUACUCCUGUUCAAACUUUUUACGUAUUGAAAAAUGUAAUGAAUGUGCAAUAAAAUUUGUGUAAUAUUAAAA